CAGAAAUCAAAACAGUGAUCAAAAGUGUUUUGAAAAUGAAAAAGUAUAGUUUUUUUGUGAAAUGAGUAAAAUUUGCAAUAUUCAAAGUGGUUCGAGGGGAUAGCCGUUGGUUUUUUACAAUCUACCACGUUAUUAUCCUUUCUGACGCACUUACUGCGUCGACGACCGUCGCAUACAGUUUCAUUGUAAAUGUUGCAGUGGGCUCUAGUGGAGGUGGAGGGAGUCGACUAGAAUAGAAAGUAUCAAUAACAUUGUUUGAUCAUAUCAAACACAACAUUGCGGUUGAGGCAUUCGAACGGAUACGAAACCUGUCACGUUCGUAUGAGAAUUUAAUAUUCGCGAUUUAAUUAAUUGUGGUUCUAUAAAAAAUACACAAUGGAGCGAAGAUUUGCUAACGUUAUUUUACUGGGGUUUGGGUUUAUGUUUGUAUUCACGGCGUUCCAGACGAUGGGAAACAUAGAGAAAACGAUUCUCGACAGCAUCUCGCAAGAUGACCCGUCGUUCUCGGGUGAUGGCUACACGUCGCUGGCCAUCAUCUACGCCACCCUCGGGCUCUGCAACUGGCUGGCCCCCUCCGUCAUCACCUUCACAGGGCCGCGGGGGGCCAUGAUCAUUGGUGGAUUGACUUAUCUGUUCUUCAUAGUGACAUUCCUGUUCCCCAAGACGUGGCUUCUCUACGUGGCGAGCGUGCUGAUUGGCGCCGGCGCGGCCGCCAUCUGGACCGGCCAGGGGAAUUACCUCACGCUCAACAGCGACGCGGAGACCAUCUCGAGGAACUCGGGAAUUUUUUGGGCGAUGCUGCAGUGCAGCUUAUUCUUCGGCAACCUGUUCGUGUUCAUCAAGUUCCAAGGCAAGUCGCACAUCGACGUGGACACUCGGAACGUGGUGUUCGGAGUGCUCACGGCCGUGUGCGCCGUGGGCAUAGUGUUCCUGCUGCUGCUGAGGCCCACACGACGCGCGCCGGCUAUUGACGAUGCUAAGGUGGAGGUGGUGAGCGAGCCGGAGAGCGCGAUGGACGCGUUCCGCGGCGCGUGCCGGCUCUUCAUGACCAAGGAGAUGAUCCUGCUCAGCGCCACCUUCAUUUAUACCGGCGUGGAGCUGUCGUUCUUCAGCGGCGUGUACAGCCCCAGCAUCGGGUUCACGCUGGCGAUGGGGGACAACGCCAAGCAGCUGGUCGGGCUGUCCGGCGUGUUCAUAGGCAUGGGGGAGGUGCUGGGAGGAGCCCUAUUCGGGAUACUCGGCUCAAAAACAACCCGCUGGGGCCGCGACCCGAUCGUGAUCAUGGGCUACGUCAUCCACCUCGUCAGCUUCUUCCUCAUCUUCAUCAACUUACCAACUGAAGCCCCGUUCGGCGACACCACCGCCGUCUCGUACAUCGACCCCUCGCCAGCGCUGGCCAUGACUUGCAGCUUCCUGCUAGGGUUUGGAGACGCGUGCUUCAACACGCAGAUAUACUCGAUACUGGGAGGGAAUUACUCGGAUAAUAGCACGUCCGCCUUCGCCCUGUUCAAGUUUACUCAGUCUCUGGCGGCAGCAGCAUGCUUCUUCUACUCAUCGAAGGCGCUACUCUCCGUGCAACUGAGCAUCCUAGCAGUCUUGGCAACCCUGGGCACGGGCGCGUUCUGCCGCGUGGAGUGGGCGGGGCGGGCCCGCGCGCGCGCCGCAGCUCUAGAGGCCAUAGACAAGACAAGCCCCGCCACACACUCACUGGCCGAUAACACGCUGCACUACGACUGAAAUGAGGUUCACAUGCCGAUCGUUGAGAUCGACGACCAUAGAUUCUAGUGUUCGAAAAGGGUGUGAUUCAAAUUUGGAAUUAACAGUCGUGGCUUUUGGCGCGCUUUUGUUGUCUGUUAUCUGUGAUUGUGAUCGUGUAAUUUUCGAGGAGCUUACGUACAGCUCGAAAGGUGGUCAAGUUUAUCCGUAGGAUAUUUAAAUGUAUAACGUACAUUACUGUAAAUAAAAAUGGAUUUCAGUCGAGGCAACUUCGGUGUUGGGUGUUUUAAAAGAAAAGGCCCAUAAAAUUUAUUAGGUACAUAUUUAUUACAUACUUACUAUAAAUUCUGAAUAUUCUAAAUUACUACAUGAAAAUAAUGCUUAUCUACCUGAAAAUAACAAUAAAUAAAACUGUACUGAUUGAAAAUCCCUUGGGAAGGAAGGGUAUUUGUCAUUUGUUUUUAGUUUAUGUUGUU